AUGAUUGUUAGCAUCUAUAUCAAUGACAGGCGACAGGAUACUCUAUUUCAGUAUUCUAAUGUUGCGGAGUGUCCUACUUUCCGACAAUUGAUGAACAAACUACAAAGCAAGGAUGCUGAGUGGGAACAGAGAUAUUGCAGCGAGCUUAAUUCUGAACUGAAGGUAUGCAAGUACACAUCGCCGUCAAGCUCAAUCAUAUAUUGGUGUUUGAGCUCUACAUCUGAGUCCUCGAUGAGUGUUAUAUCUCUAUUGGAGGAGAUAGACCUAUUAUUAUUGCAGUAUUUUGACAAGACUCAAUUAAGCAAGGUGAAGAUAAACAACAACUUGGACCGGUUGGCCAUGGUUUUCCAUUGUAUAUUUGACGGUGGUAACCCUGCGAUCUUGGAAUCUAACCGCUUGAAGGCUAUGGUUCCAGCCAAAAACGAUCUCGCGAAGAUGAUCAAAAAUACGACGCAUUCUAUUACGAAGACCUUGCAGCAGUCCGAGGGAACGUCUUCAUUCUUCCAAGGUGCGACGAACUCGAGGUAUCCUCGUUCUUCUUCGAGUUCUAUCUCUUCAUUUAAUGUAGCAGGUGCUGCCAGUGGCGGUUCAGGGACCCCGGCUGUCCAAUCUGUAGAUGAAUCUGGAAUCCCUUGGAGAAUGAAUGCAGUAAAUUAUUCCAACAACGAAUUGUUUAUAGACAUGGUAGAGGAAGUGCAUGCUUCUGUCAAACGUGGUAAACUGGUAACCGGGUAUAUCAAGGGCCAGAUUGACCUGAACAGUCAUCUAAGCGGGCAGCCGUUGGUUGAAAUGGAUCUCGAUCUAUUAGACCACAAGUUAAGCCAUUUAAAUUCGACAUUCCACAGAUGUAUCCUCGAAGACAAGGCCAACAACUUGAACGAUCUAAUUGAGGGAAAAUUCAAAAGACUGUCUUUUGUUCCUCCAGAUGGACGUACUAGGCUCUGCGACUACACCAUUCCACUAAACGCACGGAACUCCAGCUCAUUGGGGCUUGUAAAUGUGAACUUGCAGACCGGACUUGGAAGACGUUCAGACGAGUUCGAAAUUCGUGUCACAGUGGGAAUGAGCACAAAGGUGAGUGAGGUGGAAAACAUAAAUUUGACAAUCAAAAUGAACAGGAACUUCAAAGGUUCGGUGCGUGUCAUGAGAAACACCCACGGCGGUGUGGAAACCAACAUGUCACGUUCAGAACUCCAUUGGCACCUAGACAAGAAUAUGGUUGGAGGAUCAAUGGCUGUCUUACGCUGUAUUGCGGAACCUGAGGGGGCCGCCGGAACCACAGGAAAUUCAGGCACAUUAGUACCGGAACACGCAUCCCCAGAAGACUACCGUACAAACUCCUCGACUCCUCAUACUACCGCCACUACUUCUGCUGCUAUUGCCGGUCAGAAUGACACUGUUCCUGUGUCCUUGCUCAAACCUGCAUAUAUAAAUUGUCACUACCAACACCAAUCAGAACUUCUAUCAGGCAUAAAGUUGAAGUCUAUCGACGUAGUCAACACAAGCGGUGCAAAACCCUUCAAAGGAGUGAAAUACACUACCAAAACGGGAACUCUCGAGUACAGGUGA